AUGGCUACCGAGCUUGAUUUUUGCAACCACCUUCUGCAAAAGCUCCUCGGCUUCGAGCGUGACGGCAAGGCUCCAUUCUUAAGAGCCUUCCUUCAGCCCGUCGACGAGGUAGAAAACAAUGCCCCGGACUACUACCGCACCAUUAGAGAGCCCAUGGAUAUGGGUACCAUGGGCACUAAGCUCGCAAACGGGCUCUACGCAGAUGCCGCAGCCUUUAAGGCAGACUUCGAUCAAAUCAUCAACAACUGCCGUAUCUAUAACCAUGACAACGAGGCCUUCGUCAAGAAGUAUGCGGACCGUCUAGAGAAGGAGAUUGGGUGGGAAUGGGAGGGCAUGGGUAAGUGGUUGGCUAAGGAGCGCCGUAGAGCUAGACAGGCUGGUACUGUUCCUGCUCCUACCACUGCUCCCACCAUUGCCACCUCUGCUCCUCCCGCGGCCCCUACUAUCACCACUACCGCCCCUGCUCCUAGCGCCGUCGCUGCCGCCACCACUGCCUCCAUCAAUGCCGCUAGUGCCAGUACUUCUGGCGCAGAAAGUUCUUCCGCCGAGAGAGAUGAGGCCAGCAAUGUUGAGCCUGAGAGGCACAUGAGAACUUCUCCCAGCCCCUCCCUCGGCUCGCCCUCGGGCCAUGGCACGGCCACACCUAGGCCCUCUGCCUUCCUUGCCGCCGCCCUCGCCUCCAACAGAGGCCGUCAACCUGCAGAGGAGGGUGUCGACGACGACGAGACCUCAAGAGGAUCUCGCGUCAACGGCUCCUCCGAUGACGCAGUAGAACUGAAGGAGGCCGAGAUGGCAGUCCAGACCUCCUGGCGCAAGAUCUGGGGACCUGGUCGUCUCCACAUUUCCAUGGAGAUGUGGAGAGGCAAGUGCUUCUCCAAGAUCACCCGCGACCAGUGGCCAGGCUCUGCGGCUGCCAUCAGAGCCGAGGUCUUGCAGGCCUUCACCGAGACCUGUAUUGAGCAGGUGGAUCUGGUCAAAGAGGAGGAGGAGGAGGAGGCAGAAUACGCUGCCAUGUUGCAGUCAUUGCAGUAG